GGGCCUGUCCGCUCUAUUUGUAGGUCUGCGCGGGCGUCGGCCCCGCCCGCCUUACCUCCACGUCACGUGACCCGCGCUGCCCGCGGGGCACCUGAGGGCGGAUCUGGCGGGUCCCGGGUCCUCCAGGUGAGAGGGGCCGCGCCCACGGACCAGCUUAGCGGCGGCGGCAGGCUGUUUUACUUCCAAUAAAGAACAUGGUGAAACUAAUUCACACAUUAGGUGAUCAUGGUGAUGAUGUCAACUGCUGUGCCUUCUCCAUUUCCCUUUUGGCUACUUGCUCCUUGGACAAAACAAUUCGUCUGUACUCCUUAAGUGACUUUACUGAACUGCCACACUCUCCAUUGAAGUUUCACACCUAUGCUGUCCACUGCUGCUGUUUCUCCCCUUCAGGACAUAUUUUGGCUUCAUGUUCAACAGAUGGAACCACUGUCCUAUGGAAUACUCAGAAUGGACAGACUCUGGCAGUGAUGGAACAGCCUAGUGGUAGCCCUGUGAGAAUUUGCCAGUUUUCCCCAGACUCCACUUGUGUGGCCUCAGGGGCAGCUGAUGGAACUAUUGUUUUGUGGAAUGCACAGUCCUACAAGUUAUAUAGAUGUGGUAGUGUUAAGGAUGGUUCCUUAGUGGCCUGUGCAUUUUCUCCUAAUGGAAACCUCCUUGUCACUGGCUCCUCAUGUGGAGAUUUAACAGUGUGGGAUGAUAAAAUGAGGUGUCUGCAUAGUGAAAAAGCGCAUGAUCUUGGAAUUACCUGCUGCGAUUUUUCUUCACAGCCAGUUUCUGAUGGAGAACAAGACCUCCAGUUUUUUCGAUUAGCAUCAUGUGGUCAAGAUUGCCAAAUCAAAAUUUGGGUGGUUUCUUUUACCCAUGUCUUAGGUUUUGAAUUAAAAUAUAAAAGUACAUUGAGUGGGCACUGUGCUCCUGUUCUGGCUUGUGCUUUUUCCCAUGAUGGACGGAUGCUGGUCUCGGGAUCAGUGGAUAAGUCUGUCAUAGUAUAUCAUACUAAUACUGAGAAUAUACUUUACACGUUGACUCAGCAUACCAGGUAUGUCACAACUUGUGCCUUUGCACCCAAUGUUCUUUUACUUGCUACUGGUUCAAUGGACAAAACAGUGAACAUCUGGCAAUUUGAUGUGGAAACACUUUGCCAAGCAAGGAGCACAGAAGAUCAGCUGAAGUUCACUGAAGACUGGUCAGAGGAAGAUGUCUCAAUGUGGCUUUGUGCCCAAGGCUUAAAAGACCUUGUUGGUAUUUUCAAGAAAAAUAACAUUGAUGGAAAAGAACUGUUGAAUCUUACGAAAGAAAUUCUGGCUGAUGAUUUGAAAAUUGAAUCUCUAGGGCUGCGUAGUAAAUUGCUGAGGAAAAUCGAAGAGCUCAGGACCAAGGUUAAAUCUCUGUCUUCUGGAAUUCCUGAUGAGUUCAUAUGUCCAAUAACCAGGGAACUUAUGACAGAUCCAGUCAUCGCAUCAGAUGGGUAUUCAUAUGAAAGAGAAGCAAUGGAAAAUUGGAUCAGCAAAAAGAAACGUACAAGUCCAAUGACAAAUCUUGUUCUUCCUUCAUUGGUACUUACACCAAAUAGGACUCUGAAAAUGGCCAUUAAUCGAUGGCUUGAGACACAUCAAAAGUAAAAUUGUUUGUAUUGAAUUGUUUAUAUUUUUUAGUGGUAUCACUUGAAUGAUGUAAAGGUAAAUACUAAUUAUACACAUAUUAAAAGCAAAACAAGGAAAAAGGUAAA